GUCAUGGCCUUCCUCUUCGAGCCAUAGCGAAGGCCCAUUGUCGGGAGUAGUAAGUAUAGUACAUGGCCGCCCAAAAACAAAGGCGAGCUGUCUGCGGAGCAAAACAUUCUCUCCACUCUUCUAAGACUAAGAGAGUAUCCAAGAAAGAUGAUGAAAUUAUGGCGCUCCAGGAACCUUUCUUCCCAAACACUGCUAUCUGUGAAGGGGGGUGAUGUUAGAGAUGCUUUAUGGUCUCAUGCUUUCGAAUCCCGAGCGGCCAUUUCAACUUCGAUACAUGAUUCUGCUGCCAAAGGAAAUUCUACCGCUCGCGUGAUUGCUCCUUAUACAGUAUACAAGGGAAAAGCUGCAUUCUCUGUUACUCCUCUUCUACCAACUUUCAGUAAAAUAGAUUCUGGUAACCUUAAACUUGAUCGCCGUGGGGCUAUGAUGUUGACUUUCUGGCCUGCUGUUGGUGAGCGCAAGUAUGAUUGGGAAAAGAGACAGAGAUUUGCUUUGUCACCAACAGAGGUUGGGUCUUUGAUUAGCAUGGGUGCUCAUGAUGUGUCUGAAUUCUUCCAUGACCCUUCAAUGCUAUCAAGUAACGCUGGUCAAGUAAGCAAGAAGCUAUAUAUUAAGGCACUUGAUGGUGGUAAUGGCUACAUGAUUUCUUUGACUGUUUCCAACAACCUUCUAAAAUCCAAUGAGCGGUUUAACGUUCCUAUCACGACAGCCGAAUUUGCUGUAUUGAAGACAGCUUGCAGUUUUGCAUUGCCCCACAUCAUUGGCUGGGAUUGGUUGACCAAUCGUUCACAUAAAGGCAUAGAGGGGAGUUCAUCAAAGGUGAAUCCGAAGCUUUUGGAUUUGGAGUGGGAUAGAUGAAGUGAUGAAAAUCUAAGUAGAAAGUUUUUGGCGCUGCCUAUUCUGCUUCCUUAUAUUUUGCAAAUAUGAUAUGGACUUGCUGAACACUCUACCUUAUUUUGUGUCUUUUGUUUUUAUUUGAUUUGACCUUAUUCUGUUUUUGUUAGCUGAAACCUGUACUAUAUUGUACUUGUCGUGACUGGUGACAGCAGUGCUAUUUUCAGUUAUAGGUUGACCCGUAAGGUUUUGCAUGAACUAGAUUUAAUAUGCACAUGGCACGUAAUUCUAUUUUCCAUGCUUUUA